AUGUGGAUUGCUGCUCUCCCUUUUCAGUCCACCGCUGCGAUUCAGAAGGAAAACUUCCAUUCUACAAAACAUUCUUGCCCAUUCAGCAAUGACGGUGACGAACCUCCAGCCAAAAAGCCAGCUAUCAAAUCCAAGCAGAUGUCUGCAGUGCUUCAAGUCACUGACUAUGCUGCAAAAACCUUGCACGCCCACUUUGGUCAUGUGUUCAUGAUAAAUUUCGCUGCACUUGACACCAGGGUCAACAUUUGGUACUUCAAUCGCCAGGGCGCAAUUCAGACUACCGGCUUUGAUUUUAUCGACCACCUCCCAUAUUUUCUUGUUCUCCUCUUUAUCCUUCUGUCACAGAUUUCACCGUCUUAUCCCUAUCUAACAUUUAUCUUAUCUGUGCCAUGUGUUUAUCUUAUCUUAUUGCUAGAUAUCCCAAAUAUGGAGUGGACCAUUGGACUUGUUCUAGACCAUUUUAGACACUUCCAGAUUGUAGAUCAGAUCUAG